AGAAUUUAUUCGUCAUAAUAACCACCUGUGCUACCAGUUCUUUCUCACCUUUCUCCCAAAUGGAAGAUAUGAGAGAUUCAAUUGCAGUGCCACGGAUUGUGAGGAUGGUUAUCAAGUUUCAUCCAUUAUUGACGGUAACUAGUCUUAUCUAUCGGGUAAUACUUUUGCAGGAUUGGAUUGAAGAGGAGGUGAGCAAUCGAUGGAAAGCCCUCAAGGUUUAUUUCCAAUCGACAAUGAGAUCUUUGCUGGAUCCUAUUAUUGAGAAGGUGAAGAAUCUAUCAGAAGCUCUUGAGAUGCAUCUCCACAACGAAGCAGCAAAUGGUCAACUAAAGGCCAAACUGGUCGGUAAACUUGCCUUGUUCUCCGCCAUAUUUCUUCUACAGAAUAUAGAGUUAAGUUCAAAAUAUGAUAGAAGAGGAGUCAAAAUGCAAUUAUUGAUGCUUAUUAGCCUUGGCCUGUUAACACAUUCAAAGCAUUGGAGUCAAUUUAAAAUUCUUCAUAGAAGGAGCAACUGGAUGGUAAAUUCAACAUCAAACUUCAUCUUCUUUAUUAUAGCACUUCCUUUUGCAAAAUUUUAUGAUAAUUCCUUGAGGGGCCUCAGUGCUAUGUUGUGCAUCUCAAUUUUUCUUCUAUGUGUACUAGUGGUAUUACGACCGCAAACAGACCUUGGGUUGUUUAGUUUUAUCAUUGGACUCAUUGGAUCUAUUACUUACAACCGUUAUGAGUUGAAGUUUCCCACAUGGAUAAUUGCUUCCAUCUGUUUUGUGUUGUUCAGUUUCAAGAGCUGGUUAGAUAAGUACUGGUUGGAUUUGGAAGAAAAUCUUUGUACAAAUACCACAACUGAAAGUGCUAGUGUGUUUUUUAUUUUUUCAUCAAUAGUUACAUGUUUUGCAAAAGUUAUCUUCAUUUCUUCUGCUCUCAAAUAUCCCCUAUCCAACUAUAAAAAUUGGUUAGUUAGGGCAAUCAGUAUUGUGCUUCUAAGUCUCAGGAAAAUCUAUCAGAAUUCCAAAGACAGCUCAAUGCCCUCUACAAAUGCCAAAGGAAUCAAUGGUUUGAUUUUGAUGGUUGUAAGUAUUGCACAUGGCAUGUUCAACUUUGCUCUUAUCACAUCUCACAUGGCCAAUUAUAAAGAUUGGUUAUUUGCAGUAAUUAGUUAUGUCAUUUUCUGUUUCUGGUUACGAAGCUUUUUUCCCAAAGAUAUGUUUCCGCCCCUUACAAAAAACAAAGGAAUCAAAGACAAGAUUUGGGCUAUUCAAUUUUUCGCCAAGUAUGGUAUUGUGGUGUUGGCUGGUUUUGAACCCCGAGUGUACUAUAGAGAAUGGUUGGUUAUGGUGACCUAUUAUGUGCUUUGGUGGGUUCAAUUUCGUACAUCAUUUCCCAAAGAUCUGUCACUACUGUUCAACACAAUUGAAGUUAAGUGGUGGAUAGGGAUGGCAUCAAUGACCAUUGUUCCAGAUGUCAUAUCUUGGAUCGAAUUAUCUAGAACAACAUAUCAUCAACAACUGUAGAGAUGAAAAUGUUAGAUGCUAGCUUAAAUCAUAGUAAGUACUUAGAUACAUGAAAAUUUUUAUUGCCUUGUGUCAUUCUCUUUUUAGAUAUAUGUUUGUAGCCAGUGCCCUUAAUAAAAUCAACCAGUCAUU